UUCCUUCAUACAUACACAUAGAACAAAAAAAAUAUCUAGCAAAUAAUUAACUAACCAAACUAGCCAUGGUGGAAGGAAUAAACGAAGAAGAAGAUGAAGAAAGCAAAAGAAGAAACAUGAAGAAACUACUUCUAGUUAUAAACUCAAUCCUCUUAGCAAUAGGCACAUGUGGUGGCCCACUUGUAAUGCGUCUAUACUUCAUCCACGGCGGGAAACGCGCGUGGCUCUCAAGCUUCCUCGAAACAUCUGGCUUUCCCAUAAUUCUCUUACCCUUAACAAUCUCACACAUCCACCACCGUUACCAUAACCGUAACUGUAACAGUAACCGUAACUUCAUCUCUAUGAAACCACCUUUAUUCUUGUUCUCCGCCAUCAUCGGAAUCCUGACCGGUCUCGACGAUUACCUCUACGCGUGUGGCAUAGCGCGUCUUCCAGUUUCAACUUCUUCACUAAUUCAGUCUUCGCAUCUCGCUUUCACUGCAGUCUUCGCUUUUAUUCUUGUGAGGCAUAAGUUCACGGCGUACUCCGUUAACUGUAUCGUGUUGUUGACGUUAGGAAGUGUUGUUUUGGCAGUGAGAUCUAACGGUGGUGGAGGGGAUGGUGAGUCGAGAGGGGAGUAUGUGAUUGGUUUUGUUAUGAUAUUGAGUUCUGCUGCUUUGUAUGGAUUUGUUUUGCCGUUGAUGGAAUUGGUUUACAAAAAGACUAAACAAGUUGUUACUUAUUCUCUUGUUAUGGAGAUUCAGUUUGUUAUGUGCUUCUUUGCUACUUUGUUUUGCAUUCUUGGGAUGAUUAUAGAUAAAGAUUUUAAGGUGAUUCCAAGGGAAGCAAGGGAAUUUAAUCUUGGGGAAACGAAGUAUUAUGUUGUACUAGUGUGUAGUGCAAUAAUGUGGCAGUUUUUUUUCUUAGGAGCAAUUGGUGUUAUCUUUUAUGCUUCUUCAUUGUUGUCUGGAAUUAUAAUUGCUGCGUUUCUUCCAGUAACUGAAAUUAUGGCUGUUAUUGUCUACAAAGAGAAUUUCCAUGCAGAAAAAGGGGUUGCUUUAGUGCUCUCACUUUGGGGCUUUGUGUCAUACUUUUAUGGUGAGAUUAAAGAAGCAAGGAAAAUGAAAAAUAAAGAAACGGAACUGCCUCAAAGUCUUCAUUCCAACAUAUGAUUGCAAGUGAUGUUGUUGGUUUCACUAUCUACUCCUACUUUUGAAUUGUCAAUAUUGUAGGCUAGUUUUAUCCCCAACUUGUUACUCAUGACUCAUGAUUGUGUUAUUUUCUUUUUGGGGUAGCAAAUGUUAAGAUAGAUCAAUUGGGUCCAACUUGUUCUACAAAUAAAUGAAAUUAGGCCUUAGCAAUAUAUUCAAAUAAAGAGAUUGCUACUCCCACA